AUGCCCAACCGCGCACAGGCCCCCGCGCACCCGAGCAGCACCCGAGCCGGCCAACGCCCGAGCGCCAGGCCAACCCAGGGCCCCGCACACCAGCGCGCGCCCAGCGCCCUGCGCCCACGCACCAGCACGCGCCCAGCGCCCUGCGCCCGCCCGGCGCGCUCGAACCUCACCAGGCCCAGGAACGGCCAGUGCACAGCAAGGCCGCCUCCCCGCCCCUCGCCAACACUUGGCGCCCGCGCAAUAGUGGGUUGCGCGCACGCCAGACAUGGGCACGGGCGACAACCAGGGGCACCAGCCCAUGCGUGCGCACUUGGGCGCACACGCACAGAGAGCACAGCAAGCGCAAGGCUCGGCCAAGGCUGCAUCCGUCCGAGCACGCCCAAGCCAGACAAGCCCAAGGACAGCGCACGGGUCAAGCCCAGCCAAAGGCACAGCAAGACACCUGAGCCCGCGCACAUCGGGUCCGGCCCAGACAGAAUGCGCGCGCCCGAGAACCAGACAAGGCAAGCCACGGUCAGCCCGACCAAGAGGGCAACCCGGGGACAAGUGGCAACCACCCGCGCGCAAGGCCAAACAAGGAAAGCCACGGUCAGCCCAGCAAAGAGCGCAACCAAGGGACAAGUGGCAGUCAUCAACGCACGGGAACAAACAAGGAAAAUCAUCAGCAGAUUGCGCCCGGCCAAAGCCAACCGACAGAGACACAUGGCAACCAGCCAGGCACCAGCACCGGGGCAAACAAGGAAAGCGCACGCGCAAAAUCAGAGGAGCCUGCGGACUCUUCCAUGGCAAUUCGGCAGGAGAAAGCACAGGCGGCCAGGAUGCAACAGGCCGCAGGCUGGACACGCACAAGGGAGCCACGCCAGCGAUCCAAGGGAGCAAGGGCGACAGCAGCAGAUCCCUACAAAUCGGGGAGGACAUCUCGACAAAUCAGGCAGCGCAGCCCAGCCACCCAGCGCAGCAACCAAAUCAGGCCGCGCCUGGGCAAAUGGCAGCACCAGCAGGCGACACGCGCACAGGCCAAACCAGCAGCAAAUCCCGAGCGCCCACCUUAAUGUCGCACAUGGCCGAAGGGAGCCAAAGAUAGACAGCCCCUUGCGGCCAAACAAGGAAGCCAUUUGAAUUUGAAUUAAGUCCCGAAUAAGCCAAGGCACUCGACCUACAAAAAGAGCCUUUAGGGCUCUUAGUCCGGCAUCUAUCAUCUACCAUUAGCUUUGAUUUCAUGUUGUGUCGAGGGUUGUAUCCCUUUAUUUGUCGGCCGAAAGGCUUAGGCUAAGGAGGAGAACAUCACUCCCCUUAGAUUGUUCAGGCGUCGCAAGAUUCCUUCCAGAUCUUGCCAAAAGUCCUAUGUAAUCAUUGCUUGAUUGGAAGUUAUUUGCUUUUAGCAAUUCACCCCCAUACAUUGAUUCUUUUCCUUUGCCGAGCGCCCAUAGAGGUAGAGCAUAGACAAGGUUCUAUCGGCAGCAAGGAAAAGAGAUACCCACUUCAAGACUGUCCCAACGCACGGUAAAUCCUCAACCUUGGCGCGGGGCUUGGGACCGCAAAGCCCCGCGGGCCAACACACGACUUGGGCGCGCGCGGGCGCGCGCGGCCGCGGUGAUGGAGACCUCAGUCCGCCGCGGCCCAAUCCGGAGCAUUUUGCCGAGCCCAACCUCGGCCAUGUCCAAGAAGCAGCCAAUAUCCACUGCUUGGAAGUCUGCCCAAGCACUGGACAGCAGCCGGCUCAGCCCCGCGCAAGCUAUGCACAAUGCCCGUGCGAGGUUCUGGGCCAACCAUAGCAGCCGUGCGUAGUG